AGCCUCUAUUUGAGUUUAAAUUGUAUAUGUCGUGGGCUUAUCGUUAGAUUGGCCAGAUCGAGAUAUGCCCGGGCACUUCUUGAAACGCCGGCACAUCAUGAUUCGGCCGGGCAUAUCGCGAUGCGCCAAGUAAAAGGUUGGGCAGAUCGACGAGAAUAACGUAUUUGUCGAUAUUCCGAGCUAACAACACGGCGGAUCGUGAAAUAGUUGCAUUUCGCGCCGAUAGUGGCGCUGUCUUCGCGCGCUCGGCUUUGUUUACGCGAGCGGAAGAUGGCGGCGUUACAAACAAGUGAAUGUGGUGUUGAUAUUAUCAAAAUGAACAGUGAAAACGAAACAAAAAGUGCAUUUAAAGAACAAUAUUACCAUCAGUUACUUGAUUUCUAUGAGGGACAUAAAGAUUCUUCGCACAAUGUAAAAAAACCAUGGACUUCUCAACGUAUUUUAGAGGUUAUUGAACAAAUAAAAAGAAGUAGGGUGACCAUGCAGCGGGUCUCUUCGGACUAUUAUUGGAGUGCAAAAUAUGAUGUCAUGGAAACUUCUGACAAAGAUUACUUAAUUUUCAAAAGAAAAACUGCCGAUGAUCCUACAGUGCGCAUAGUCGCCGUAGAUGAAUAUUUUGAUAUAUUAACAGAAGUUCACAAAGCUGUUGGGCAUGGUGGCAGAGAAAAAAUGAUAUAUAGUAUUAAAAACAAAUUUCACAUACCGAAAAAAGCUAUAGAAAUAUACAUUAAAUUGUGUGCAGUGUGUGAAAUGAAACGUUCCAUGCCAAAAAAAGGUAUAGUGACAAAACCAAUUAUAUCACCAGAUUUCAACUCACGAGGUCAGGUAGACCUUAUUGAUUUACAAUCAGCUCCGGAAGGGGAAUACAAGUGGUUAAUGAAUUAUCAGGACCAUGCUACCAAGUUUCUACACUUGAGGCCAUUGAAAUCUAAGAGGGCUGUGGAGGUGGCGUUUGAACUAUUUAAAAUAUUUUUGGAGUUUGGUGCACCAUUAAUUUUACAAUCUGAUAAUGGGAAAGAGUUUACAGCUCAUGUCAUUGAAGAACUUGUGCAGUUGUGGCCAGAAUGCAAGAUCGUUCAUGGAGGCCCUAGACGUCCUCAAACGCAAGGAAGCGUCGAACGUAGCAACCAAGACGUAGAAAACAUGUUGCGUUGUUGGAUGAAAGAUAAUGAUUCUGCUAAUUGGUCUGUGGGUUGCUACUUCGUACAGUAUUAUAAAAAUUCAUCUUUUCAUCGUAUAAUUGGUAGAUCACCCUAUCGUGCCUUGUUCGGUUCUGACCCCAAAACAUUACUGAAAGGUACUAAUAUCCCGGACAGUGUUAUUUCAUCUAUUCAAACUGAAAAGAAGAAUACUACGACAACCUCGAUGGAGAUAAUCUUGCCUGAAGGGACAAAUGUUGAUGGCUUAAGUAGUAAAGCACUAACGCUUGAUGAUGAGAUGGUUUCGGCCAAAGUGAAUAUUUCUGAAGCAUUAAGUGUACAGGAUGCCCCAACAUGUAUAAAUGCGGCACCGGCGCCUGCCAAUAUCGCAGACAGUGUUAUUUCAUCUAUUGAAACUGAAAAGAAGAAUAUUACGACAACCUCGAUGGAGAUAAUCUUGCCUGAAGGGACAAAUGUUGAUGGCUUAAGUAGUAAAGCACUAACGCUUGAUGUUGAGAUGGUUUCGGCCGAAAUAAAUGUUCCUAAAGCAUUAAGUGUACAGAACGUCCUAACAAGUGUAAAUUCGGCAACGGCGCUUGCCAAUCAAGAUCUGAAAAUAGAAAAUAUUGAAACCGCCGAACAAAAACUUGAAGCAACUAAUUGUUCACCCAGAAAUGAUACGUCCUGUAUAGAAGAUUUAGCUUUGCAAACUGUUAACAGAGCUUCUACUAGCAAAGAUGUUUUUGUCGUUUCAAUUCAAGGGGUUUCAGCCAGUAGCGACACGUCACUAACGACUAAGAAAGCCGACUGCAAUACGCAGAUUUGUUUGGUUUGUACCAAAGAAACAACUGGAGCUCAUAGUUGUAGAUCGUGCUUUAAACCAGUUCACGUUAUAUGUGGUCUCACUGACGGUGAAGAAGGUUACGGGUCUCAGAUUUUAUGUUUCAUAUGCAAAAGAGAACAAGACAUUGCAAAAGAAAGAGCACAAACUCUUAAAGGUACCAAACGGGCUGCAGAAAAAAUGAUUGACCAAACAGUCAAAAAGCUUCCGUUAUUAGAAGUUGGUAAUAGCGUUUACCAAUAGCGAACUUGAUAAAUGUUCCAAAAUUUGAUCGUGGACCACUUGAUACCAAGAACAUCGCAGGUAAAAUUGUUGACAUUAGGAAUGGUGUAUUUAAAAUUGGUACUACUUCUGGAACAAUAAAAAACUGGUUCCCGAGACAAGAAUUACAAAUUUCAGCCAAAGAUUAUAAUGGAGACAUUUCUGAAUCAUUUAUAACAUUGCGUCAUGCAGUCACAUGUCAGUCCAUGUUUGGAGGUCAAGGUUUCCAGAAAUGCUCCUGCAGGCCUGCCAGAAAUCAAUGUCACACCAAAAGGUGUGCAUGUUAUAAGAAUAAUGUUCUCUGCACUUCAAAAUGUCAUCAAAGUAUAUCAUGCAUCAACAAAUGAUAGAUAUCUCAAAAAAUAUUUGACUUUCCUUUAAUAUUCAAUACAAAGUUUAUUUUCAACUGAUUAAGUCUGUUGUUAGUCUGAUUGAGGAACAUUUUUUAAGUAGGUACCUAUUUAAUGUUUAUAAACAUUUUUUAAUUUAAUUUCUCUUUCUGCAUGGCGGUUGUCGGGUUGUAUUACCUAUUUCUAAAGAUUUAGGUAUUUAAAUGUUACGAACGUUUGGUUUGUUAUCUUAUUUUAUUACCAAAGGGCUGUGAUUGAAUGUGCCAUUUUUAGAAUUUUUUGACGAUGUUAUUAAUGUUUGUCAUAUUUAAUAACAAAUAAUAGGUAACUAUUCUUUGAAAAACUAUUUGACGUUCCUAUUAAUAUAAGUUUGUUUUCAACUGAUUAAUGAGUCUGAUUAUUUAGUUACACUUUAUUAUUUAAAUAACUCAUUUUUAAUGUUAUUCAUUAUUUUUUAACAUUUUCAUUUAAUUCUAGCUGUUGCUCGUACGUGCCGUUUGUGGCUGUGUUAACAUUUUAUUAAACCUUACUGUUUAUUUACAUAUUUUAUUUGCCUCAAAUAGGCGUUUUGUUAUUUUCUCUCCAAAGAACUGUGAUUCUAUGUGCCACAUUUGGAAUUUUAAAAAAUAAUGUUAAGUUAGAGCUUCAUAACAAUAAUUAUUUUCAAUUUUAAUAAACAUUUUAAUUCUUAA